CAGCGAUUUAAUGUCAGAAAAGGCUAUGAAAGUAGAUCCAAUUAUUUGUAUCUAUUAUAAACUAUUUAGUGAUCCAAAAAAUCAUCAGAGAAAAUACUUACUUAACCGAAAUUGAUAACAAGCUCGAUAUUGAUGAUUUUCAUAAUCCAUUAAAUGUAGAAGAAACGCAAUCUUAGCUGGUGGAUUCGAUUUUUGGUAGUUGCAAUAUAAAAUCCCAGAAAGGUGAUUAAUUUAUAUCUAUUGAGUGUAGCAAGCAAAAUGAUUAGUUCAUCUGGUAAUGUAAAGGCACCUUCUAUCCACCCAUAUGGAUCAUUAUUUAAAAGUGGAGUUUCCAAUUACACUGUUUCAGAUGAGGAUGAAAUUUAAAAUGAUUUCAUCGAGAUCAAAAAUGGCAAACAAUAUAAUUCUGAGAUUGAGAUUGACGAUGUUAAUUAACUGAAACCUCCAGAGUUGAAAAAUUAAAAAAAUCAAAUAACUUAUGAAGAACUGAACUAAAGAUGCCAACAACUCGAAUAGAAUUUGGAAGUUGAAAGGAAAAAAAAUUUAGAACUUAAUGGUAUAUUUGUAUCAAGAAUUUAGAUAUUAUUCUCUGUCAAAAUGAGAAGAUCUAGGAACUUACAGAAAUCGAAAAGGCUGCGUAUGAGUAGAUGGAUAGCAGACUCAAAGAGAUCUCAGAGUUGUCGGCCAAGAACAUACACUUGGAAGCAUAAUUGUAGGAGUUAAAGGAAAGACAAGAAAAAGAGCUGAGUAAAAAUUAUCUUAACUAAUUUAGAAACUAGAAUAAAAGGAAUUAUGGAUUCGAAUAACAAUUCACAAAUGAAUGCAAUGCUAUGUAUUUUAGUGUGUUAUUUUAUUUAGAAAUAAAGGAAAAACAAAUUUAAUUGUUACAAGGUCAGUUGAGUAGUCUAAGAGCGGCUACGUAGUAUAGAUCAUAAGGGAGCUAUCAUAGUGCAUAGAGUCAUGAUAAUAUCCAAGACAAUUAAGUUGUAAAUCACAUUAUAAAUAACACCAAUAAUAAUUAGAUUAUCAUAAAGAAUGAAAUAUUUCAAAAAGGAAUGACUUCCUUACAUUAACAACCAAAAACAUCAACUCCCAAAAAACAAUAAUUCAUUAAUCAGGAUUCCCAAUCCACCCAAAGAUCCAAAAAAAGUGUGAAUCACAACAAAUAAAGCUCCAAAGAAACAAUAACUUAACCACCAACAUCAUGGUUGGAUCAUCUACAAAAAAAGAAUGACGAUAAACUUAAAAUUUUGAACAAUCAACCUUCAGAAAAAGAAUUUUAAUAAGCCUAUUUGAACAAUUCAAUUAAUGAUAAUGUCAAUAAAUACAUGCAUGCAGAUUGUAUAAGAAAUUUAAUAUUAUUUUAUAGUAAAAAUAACGAAGGUUAACAGUCCGGCAUUUUAAAGAAAAACUACUUAUUAAUUGACAUCAGACGAUGAUAAUUAAGAUAAUAAAGAUUUUGUAAAGUAGAAAAGUUUCUAGCAUAAAUGA